CCUGCCCCGAACGAAGGAGCCGGAUGGCGAACACUUGAGCCACAGAUCUUUUGGGCGGGAGCCAUGUCCGCGAUGGAUGUGCCAGAAGUGGUUGACACCUUCCAGCGGAAGUUCCAUUUCACCUACGAGGAGGUGCCCGUGGCGCUGUACCAGUGCUCCGAGACCGGGCUGCGGGUCAUUGCCGCGCAGGUGAAAUCCCCCACGGUGCACGGCUAUUUCACCCUGCAUACGGAAGCUUUUGAUGAUUACGGCUGCCCUCACACCCUGGAGCACCUGAUCUUUUUGGGCAGCCAGCGGUAUCCUUACAAAGGUGUGCUGGAUGUGCUGGCGAACCGCUGCCUGGCACAGGGCACCAACGCCUGGACCGCCACAGAUCACACGUGCUAUACGGUGGACACAGCUGGGGCAGCGGGCUUCUUGCGCUUACUGCCCGUGUACUUGGACCACGUGCUGUUCCCUACGCUGAAGGACAGCGGUUUUGUGACAGAGGUGCAUCACAUCACGGCAGAGGGCGCUGAUGCGGGGGUCGUUUAUUGCGAGAUGCAAGCCAGGGAGAACGAAGCCGGGGACAUGUGCGACCGCGCCAUGCGCCUGGCCGCGUUCCCGGGGAAGUGUGGCUACAAGGCCGAGACCGGCGGACGCCUCAAGGAGUUGAGGGAGCUCACCAACUCCACGGUGCGAGAGUAUCACCAGACUUAUUACAGGCCGGACAACCUGUGUGUCAUCGUCACGGGGCAAGUGCCCUUCAAGCAGCUGUGUGAAGCUUGCGCGCCCACGGUGGCCGCGAUCCGCGGCUGCCCGGCCCUGCCACCCAUGGAGAGGCCCUUUUCUUCGGAGGUGCCGCGGCCCACAGAGCAGCAGGAAGUGAGAAUGGAGUUCCCCGCGGAAGACGAGACCACUGGAGCAGUGUGCGAGCUUUGCUGGCAUGGCCCAGAUUGGUCUGACCUGGAGAGCGUGACGGCAUUGAAAGUGCUUCUCAGCUAUCUCUGUGAGGAUUCAAUCUCCCCUUUGCGGAAGGCCCUGGUGGAAACGGUGCCGCCCUUGUGUGGGAAGAUCUCGGAGGGGCUGCACGAGUACAAGAAGCAGCUGAUCAACAUCACUCUGAAGAGCUGCGACGUGGAGCAGCUGUCGUGCCGGGACGUCACCGCGGAGGUGCAGGCGGUGUUCCAGCGCACGGCCCAGGCGGACGGCUCCGGCAUCGACCUCCCGCGGCUGCGGAGCGUGAUCCGCCAGAAGCAGCGGCAGCACCUGUCGGCCGUGGAGUCCAACCCCCACGACCUCUUCAGCGGGGAGAUCAUCGGGGCCUUCAUGUACGCCCCGGGCAGCCCGGUCUUCUCGGACGCCUCCGCGGGCCAGGCCUUGCGGGCGCGCCUGGACGCCCCCAGCACGCUGGAGGCCGUGCUGUCCUGGCCGGCGCCGCGCUGGGCGGAGCUGUGCCGGCGCUUCCUGACGACGCCGGGGGUCACCGUGGUGGGCCGGCCCUCCAAGGCCUGCGGCGAGCGGCUCCAAUCCGCGGACGCCGAGCGCAUCGCCCAGCAGAAGACGCGGCUGGGGGACGCGGGCUGCGCCCAGUGCGGGGAGCAGGUGGCCGCGGCGGAGGAGGAGAACGACGUGGAGACCCCCGAGGAGGUCUCCGCGGAGUUCUCGGUGCCGGAUGUGGCCAAGGUCCAGCUCAUCGAUGUGGCCACAGUCACUGUCAAGAACGGCCUAUCACAAGCAGUCUUUGGAAAGGACGCUGCGCAGUUGAAGGCGCGCGUGGCAGAGGCGGCAAGCGUCGAGCUGCCAUCUUUGAACUUCCACUUUGACCAUGUUGCAGGUGCCCAGUUCAUCACCUGCCACAUCAUGGUGCCCAUUACCACGCUGACGACCCGGCAGCUGGAGCUGCUGCCUCUGUGGUGCGACACCGCCUUCGAGCUGCCGAUGGCGUCCAGCGCCUUGGGCGAGGCGCUGAGCCACGAGGAGGUGGUGCAGCUCUUCACCGACACGGUGGUGCACCGCAGCUUCAGCGUGGGCAUGGGGGGCCGCCGCUUCCGCGCCGGCCAGGCGCCCAACAUGCUGCACAUCUCCCUCAAGGUCGAGCGUGCGCAAUACGAGAAGGCGCCCUGGCUGAUCGCACGGCUGCUGGCCGACGCCGAGUUCUCGGUGCCUCGCUUAGAAGUGGCGGUGAAGCGCAUGCUGAAUGACGUGCCCAACAGCAAGCGCAACGGCAGGUUUUUGAUGCGCCUGGCUAUGGGCGCUUUGGACCUCAGUGACAGCUCGGCGCAUGGUGCCUUCAACGUCUUUCGUGUGGAGAAGCUGCUCAAGGGCAUUGAGGAGGGCGGCGCGGCCGUGGAGUUGGCGCAGCUGCAGAAGGAGUUGUUGGCCCCUGGCGCGCUAGCAUAUGUAUCUGGUGACAUUGCAGCCUUAGACAACAUCUUCAAGCCGUGGUGCUUGGGCCCUUUCAUGGCCACAGGCGCCGCCGGCUACUCGCCGGCCGCCUCGGCCGCCUCGGCCGCCUCGGCCGCGUCGCCGCUGCCGGCCCUGCGGCGGGAGCUCUACGCGGCGGACGCGCUGCGGCCACCGGAGGGGUGCACUUGGGGCUGCUUGGUGUCCAGUUCCGCAGAGGAGUCCAACUACUGGCUGGUGCAGUGUGACUCCUUCACGGACCCGCGGUCUCCGGAGCUGGCGCCGCUGCUGGUGGCCAUCGAGUACAUCACCGCGCUGGAGGGACCCUUCUGGCGGAAGAUCCGCGGCAAGGGCUACUCGUACGGCUACGGGCUCAGCCAUGACCUGGAGGCCGGAAAGCUGACGUUCUCCCUGUCGCAGGCCACCAACCCCGUAGCCGCCUACACAGCGGCCGGGGCCAUCAUCGAGCAACUUUGCUCCGAAGAUGCGGACAUGAAAGAGGGCGCCGGUGAGGAGGAGGAGGAGGAUGAGGAUGAAGAGGGCCUCGACCCAUCGGCGUUGGAAGCAGCACAGAGCGGGGUGCUGUUUGGCCUCAUCGAGCCGGUGGACACGGUGCCCGGCGCCAUGGGCGAGGCCUUCGAGCAGAUGCUGCAAAGGUCGCCGCCUGACCAGCUCCAGUGGCUUUUGAAAGCCGUGCAGGCUGUCACAGAGGACUCGGUGCGGGAAGCCAUGCAGAAGCACAUCGCCCCGCUUUUCAGUGGCCGAUGUGGGCGCACAGUGUCCAUGGUGUGUCCGAGCAAGAAACGGGCUGAGCUGGAGGAAUCGAUGCAGAAGCUGGAGCCGCCUUUAAAGGUGGUACAUUUGGAGGUGGACAGCUUCGUGGGGACUUUGGCGCCGGGGACGGGGUUCGCGGAUCUCCGCGCCAAGGUGCGGGCAGGUGCCUAGACGCGGCGAUUUGAUAUCCUGCGUGGAAAAGACAAGUCAGCCCCCGCGAGUGCGAUUUAUAUAUGCGAGGGCCUUUUUUUUCGGUGCGACGAGUUGGGUGCGAUU